AUGAUGAGAAACCAAACAUCCAUGAUAGAGUUCAUUCUUCUUGGAUUAACAGAUGACACCAACCUUCAAGUCGUGGUUUUCCUUUUUCUACUACUAACUUAUGUUUUAAGUAUUAUGGGAAAUUCGGUCAUUAUCAUUCUGACUCUGUUGGAUUAUCGCCUCCAGAGUCCUAUGUAUUUUUUCCUUCGGAAUUUUUCCUUUUUGGAAAUUUGCUUUACCACUGUGUUUGUUCCCAAAAUGCUAGUCAACAUUGGAACUGGAGACAAGACGAUUUCCUUUGCCGGUUGCUUCACUCAGUAUUUUUUUGCCAUUCUUCUGGGGGCGACUGAAUUUUACCUUUUAGCUGCCAUGUCCUAUGACCGCUAUGUUGCCAUCUGUAGACCCCUGCAUUACACAACCAUGAUGAGCAGGAGGCUCUGCAUUCAACUUGUCCUAUGCUCCUGGGUCUCUGGAUUUUUGGUAGUUGUUGUACCACAUACAAUGGCUCUCCAGCUGCCUUUCUGUGCAUCCAUCAUCAACCAUUAUUGCUGUGAUUACACUGUAUUGUUGCAUUUGUCCUGUUCAGACACAAGCAUCAUAGAUAUGAUUGAAUUUAUCCUGGUCGGAAUGACACUCAUAGUCACACUGGUGUUAGUGAUUCUUUCCUACACAUACAUUAUCAGGACAAUACUGAGAAUUCCCUCUGCUCACCAAAGGAAAAAGGCCUUUUCUACUUGUUCCUCUCACAUGAUUGUGCUCUCGCUUUCUUAUGGAAGCUGUCUCUUUAUGUAUAUGAACCCUUCUGCUGAGGAUGCAGCCACAUUUAAUAAGGGAGUAGCUGUGCUGAAUACCUCAGUCGCCCCUCUCUUGAACCCAUUCAUCUACACUCUGAGGAACCAUCAAGUGAAAAUCGCCUUCAAAGAUAUGGCCAUUAAAAUACAUGGUUUAUUCUUCAAGAAAGUGAAACUAUUUGAGUUCCAUAAAUAA